GCGCUGGCCGCUCUGCACUUUCCGGGGGUCAGAUCGACGGCAGAAACGCGUUGCCUUGUUGUGUCGUUGGUCGUUGGUCGUCGGUUGUGUUGGCAACGUCUCCGUCUUGGAUUGGUUGACUGCGGGGGUGGUGGAGAAACUGGACAAGUUGCGGGGCAUGCAAAAGUGUUUGCCGAAAAAUCAAAAAAAAAAACCAAAAAAAAGAGGCAUAACCAAAAAUCAAACAAAGCGCGACUUGAGAGCUGAACACCAAAAACAAUUGCAAUACUUUGCGGAAACUAACGGCAGCGUGCGCUGCAAUGGAGGAGCGCGCAUUGAGGCGUCUAUAGGGGUGGCCAUAGUCAAAGCCACAGCCACAGCCACAGCGAGUGCCAGUUGCAUGCGCCGGGAGCAUGAACAGCAGCCGCAGCUGCAACGUUUGAACCCGUGCCGCAGCCUGGCCAAGUCGGAAAAUGAGCGCAUGCGAGGCUAAGGCGAAGGAGCCAGGAGGAGCAACGGGCUCAGUGGCAACGCCGUGCAAAGAGGAGCCGGUGGCGAGUGCCGCGGAACCGCCCCUGGCCAAUGGACAUGACCGCGAAGUGGAGACGCAAGCAACAAAUUCGAAUGGCCCGGAGCCGUCCAACGAUAAGGCGCACGAUGCGGACCCGAUUUUGGCCAGCACACGCAGCGUAAUGGAUGCGGUGACAACGCCCUCCAUAGAUGCGCUGGCCAGCUGCAAAGAUGUGCUCUUGGCGCAAAAGCUAUUCGCCAGCGGCGGCAGCGGUCCCAAGGAGCUGCUCAAGCUGAAGGAGCCGAUGCGCGUCGGCUUCUACGAUAUCGAACGGACCAUUGGCAAGGGCAAUUUUGCCGUGGUGAAGCUGGCGCGGCAUCGCAUAACCAAAAACGAGGUGGCCAUCAAGAUCAUUGAUAAAUCACAGCUGGAUCAUACAAACCUGCAGAAGGUCUAUCGCGAGGUGGAGAUCAUGAAGAAGCUCAAACAUCCGCACAUCAUCAAGCUUUAUCAGGUGAUGGAAACAAAGAACAUGAUUUACAUUGUCUCCGAAUAUGCCAGCCAGGGUGAGAUCUUUGAUUACAUAGCCAAGUAUGGACGCAUGUCGGAGUCGGCGGCGCGCUUUAAAUUCUGGCAAAUCAUUUCCGCCGUGGAGUACUGCCACAAGAAGGGCAUUGUGCAUCGUGAUCUGAAGGCGGAGAAUCUGCUGCUGGACUUUAGCAUGAACAUUAAAAUUGCCGAUUUUGGUUUCUCUAAUCAUUUCAAGCCCGGCGAAUUGCUGGCCACCUGGUGCGGCUCCCCGCCAUAUGCCGCGCCCGAGGUAUUCGAGGGCAAACAAUACACUGGACCCGAAAUUGAUAUUUGGUCCCUGGGUGUGGUGCUCUAUGUGCUGGUCUGCGGUGCUCUGCCCUUUGAUGGAUCCACGCUGCAGAGCCUGCGGGAUCGUGUGCUGUCGGGACGCUUUCGGAUACCCUUCUUCAUGAGCUCGGAGUGCGAGCAUUUGAUACGCCGGAUGCUGGUGCUGGAGCCAACGCGUCGCUAUACCAUCGAGCAGAUCAAGCGGCAUCGCUGGAUGUGCCCCGAGCUACUGGAGCAUGCGCUAAUCGCCAAAUAUAAUUUGAGUGUGGAACGGCAGGCGGUGUUGGAGCCCAGUGAGGAUAUAUUGCGCAUCAUGUCCGAGUAUGUGGGCAUUGGGCCGGAUAAGACGCGCGCCAGCCUUAAGAAGAACACCUACGAUCAUGUGGCCGCCAUUUAUUUGCUGCUGCAGGAUCGCGUCUCACACAAGAAGGAGCAGGCGAAGCCAAAUGAAACUAGCGGCGCCGCCAGCCGCCUGCUCUACAAGAGCAGCAAGCAGUCGCUGAUGCUGGACCAGCUGCCCACGCAGCAACUGUUGCAGCUGCAUCAGCAUCAGCAGCAGCAACAGCAGCAGCAGCAAACGAAGACAAUAUCCACCGUGAUCCUAGCCAAGGAUCCGACACACAAAAGACUUAGCCGCCAUCAGACUGUUUUGAUGAGCGAACGAUCCACUGCCGAUCCCUACUAUGCGGUCAAGCAGCAGGCCCACGCCCAAGCCCAAGCCCAAGCCCAUGCUCAUGCUUAUGCUCAUGCUCAUGCUCAUGCCCGUUACUUGAACGGGGAUGAGGGCACGGUCCCGGUUCCGGGCAUGCCCAUGCCCAUGGCCAUGCCCAUGCCCGCUAGAUAUACACCACUGUCGGCGGGCAACAGCUGCGCCGUCUCCACGCGCAUCAGCCAUCAGAGCCUGAGCUCGCCGCGCACCAUGGCCGCCGGCCAGCGACCCGUUGCCAUCUCGCUCAGCAUUGACAAUAAUAGCAGCGGCCAUCCGCUGCCCUCGCUGGCCAAUUUGCGGUGUCGCGAGCUGCUCCUGAAUGCCAGCCAGCAGCUGGAGCAGUCCGGCCAUCCGGCCGGGCAUCUGUCGUCGCCGGCGCCCAAGCAGCUGCAUCAGACCAUUAGCGAGUAUAUCAUCAAGCAGAGCACCGAGGAUUGUCGCCAGCUGCUGCAGCAGUCGACGGCUAUUGCCGAUACGAGGAAGGAGGACGAUCAGCUGCCAGCGACAAUGGAACAUUCGUGCGCUGCCACGCCCACUGCCGAACAAACUAAGACAAUAAAGCCAAUGUCCAGCUCGAAUAGCUUUGAUUCCACCGCCAAUCUCAAUCAGAGCUUUCGCUACAAAAUGUCCGCCGAGGCGAACCGACUAUUCCAGACCCUGCAAGAGAGUCCACUGCCCAUUGAGGUGCAGAAACCCAAACGCAAGACCCCAACCACAAAUGGCAAUGCCAGCGAUGCUGGCCGCAAUUCGGAGGAAUCUGGACAGGAGUCGAAGCCAAAUGGAGACGGACGUGAGAAAAAGACUUUUGAGAAGAAGGUGCUGGCCCAGGGCAGCUCCAGCACCGACGAGGGCUGCGACACGGAUCAGGGCAACGAGGUGGCCAAAGAGGGCUCCCAAUCGUCGACGGAUCUGACCAGCGUACAGGCGACACGAACACGCUCGUAUGCGAGCAGCAGCAGCUCCAGCGGCGUACUGGCCGGCAGCUACUCGAAGAGCCUCAGCCAGAACCUGAGCCGCGGCUCAUCCAAGAGCAACUGCAGCGCCUAUGAGAGCCUGGACUUUGUGCUGCCCUCCGUGCCGGACAUUGCCGGCAGUUUGCCCUCCUGUAUGAGCAACUCGAUGCUGGCCGCUGCCGCAGCAGCGGCAGCCGCCAUUUCCAGUGAGCACUCAUCGGAGCGUUUACUGUACAGCAGCCACAGCUCGUGCAUCCACAUGCCCGGCGCAGUGAAUCCACCACUGCCGCUGCCGCCGCCGCCGCCGCCACCGGCGCCGGUGCCACCCAACCAGUCGCCGGCGCCGCCGCCCUUCGCGGACAAGCGUUCGCCCAUCCAUUUCCGUGAGGGGCGCCGCGCCAGCGACGGCCUGGUGGCCCAGGGCCUGCUCAGCUCCAGCUCGCUGCUGGGCGCCAGUCGUGUCUAUGGCAGCUAUCGCUACGAGCAGGCCAAGCGUCACGGCUGGCUGGAGAUACAGCAGCUCCAGCAGGAGGCGGCUGUGUAUGCGCCUGGCCUCGCCCACGGCCACGCCCACGCCCAUGGUCAUGGUCAUGCUCAUCUCGGACUGGAGGAGCUCAGCCUGACCAAUUGUCAAUUUUCACACGGUCAAUUCUAUGCAAUGCCCAUCAAGCCGCACCACACGCUGCACCACCUGCAGACCCAGAACCACCACCACCAUCAUCAUCAUCACCAGCAGCAGCAGCAGCAGAUGCUUGGGUAUGCGCCGCCACCUCCGCCGCCGUCCCUGCUGCUGGAGGCGGCCGGCGAUCUGUAUGCUGGCCAUGGGCAUGGCUGUUAUCAGCCGCCGCCACCGCCGCCGGGCAUCUAUCAUCAGCAUCUGGGCGCCAUGUCGCCCAUGCAGAAGCCGCCGCUGCAGCAGCAGCUGCUGCAGCAUCGCCUGUUGCAGCAGAAGCGUCAACUGUUCCAGAAGCAAUACGCCCUGGAGGCGCAGCUGGCCGGUCGCCAUCAUCAUGGCCACGUCCAGUACAAUCACAGCCAUGUGCAUGGUACGCCGCCGCCGCCGCCGCCCGCAUCCGAACAGCAUCUGGCCGAGGAUCUGUACGAGCUGGCCAUGCUGGAUAGGCCGCGCAGCGGACCGCCGCGUCUCCAACACUCGCUGACCAUGCCCGGCGCGCACGUCUUCAGCCAAAUCAAUCUGAAGACCACCUACAUCAGCCAGCCGGCCAGCGAAACUGGAACUGCAGUUGGAUCAGCAGUUGGAGCUGGAGCUGGGGUUGCAUGCAGCUCGGCGCCACCGCCGUCCACGACGCCAGCAACGCCACCAGCGACACCAUCGCAGGCGCUGCUCAAUAGCCAUGUGGUGCAUGGGCAUGGACAUAAUCAUGCUGCUCCUGGCCAUCCUCAUCCUCAUCCUCAUGCUCAUGCCCAUGCCCAUCCUCAUGCUCAUGGUCAUGCCGAGCCGGAGUAUCGGGCGCAGUCGACGACAACGACAACGACGCCGCCGGUGCUCAGCCUGUUCACGCCCAGCUGGCAGACGCUGGUCAAGCCGCUCAGCGAGAGUCCCAUACUGGAGAUAUCCGAGCAUCUGGAGUCCGUGUGAGUGUCAGCGGCGAAACCUUUUUUAAUACGCUCGCAAUUCAAAUUUAACGAAAUUCAUUCAUAAUUAUUUAAACAACAAAAAACAAAGUAAAAUAAUUAUUAUAAUAAUUCUAUUCAUAUACAUGCAAACAAUACCAUACUAUAUAUAUAUAGUAUAUAUAUAUAAUAUACGAUACUAUUAUACGAUAAUAUUAUAUACACACACACACACACACACACACACGUUUAUAGGCUUUACAUAUACAUAUACAUUACCGUUAGUGAGAGAGAGUGGCAGAGAGAUCCGUUAGUUCCAUUUGGCAGUUCAGCGAUUACUCGAAACGAUUUAUCGAUAAUCGAUAAUCGAUUACCGAUUAUCGUUAUCGUUUUGGCGAUAGGUAUUACCAGAUUAUUGGAUCAUUUAGUUGUGUUACUAGCCUUAAGUAGUCCAAGUUUCGUAUGCAUACACACACACACACACACACACACUCACACACUGGCAUAUACAAUAUGUAUAUUGAUAAUAAUUAUAUAAUAAGCUAUACCACAUAUUCUGGUACUAGACGCAAGAUUCUAAAUUCCCAAAAGAAAGAGAAGGAAAUACGAAUCAAAAAGAAGCAAAACAACGUCAAAAACUACAUAUAUCAAUUAUUCGAAGCAUUUAUUGAUGGCAUAGGAUAUACAUUAUAUAAAUAUAUAUAUAUACCACAUAUGCAUAUACUAUAUAUACAUAUAUAUAUAUAUAUAUAUAUAUAUAUAUAUACAUAUACAUAUAUGUGUAUGUAUGUGUAUUGGUACAAUAAUUAGCGGCAAGCAAAUAAAUAAAACAUCGAUUGUUCUUAAACAUGGAAUUCAAAUGUAAACCAGAUAUUAAAAGUCAUUUGGUAUAAAAUGCAAUAUACUUUUUCGAUCACA